UGCGGGUGCGGAACAAAACGAUUCCCAGUUACUUAUUGUUCUUAGAUGACGAAAGAAGAGAGGUUUUGAUUUCUUACUUCUCGUUGGUCAGCACUGACUGGUGAAGGUGAGCGUUCCCCGAUUGGUUGGAGGCACUUCUGGAUUUGGGGGCAAGGCGAAGCAUCAUUGGUUGUCAGACAAGGGUCAUUCCAAGAUUGCAAUCGCUUUCCCGUUUGGAGGAGGGCUUCAUGCCGUCGGUUGCCCAUUUCUUUUUUUUUUGUAGACGAGUCUUCUGACUGAUUGAUAGUUCUUAUUUCGUUAGGGGGGUGCAAGCACGCACGAUUUGGAGCGGUUUGUUGUAAGAUUGUUGUGCAUUAAGGUGCUCGCCGUGGCUUUCCUGCCCGAAAAUUUCGAUUUUUGUCUUCGGUUGGAUCAGGGGAGCAACUUGACUUGAGGGGUUUCUUGGUGUUUGCCUUGUUGUGCAAGAGAGCGCUAGCCUUUGGUUGAGUUCCUGGUGCUGGUGGCGAUGGGCGCUUGAGAUUGCUGCGGCCAUGGGAAGCCGACCCAAGACGGUGGUUUGGUUCAGGAGGGAUCUGAGGAUCGAGGAUAAUCCAGCCUUGGCUGCCGCGGCCAAGGACGGCAGUGUAUUCCCUGUAUUUGUUUGGUGCCCUAGCGAAGAGGGCCAGUUCUACCCCGGCCGAGUCUCUAGAUGGUGGCUGAAGCAGUCGCUCAUGCACCUUGAACAGACAUUGAGGUCCCUUGGCGCUCCUCCUGUGUUCAUGAGAGCUGACAGCACUCUUGCUGCUCUUUUGCAUUGCAUUGAUUCAGUUGGGGCUACUAGAUUGGUUUAUAACCAUCUUUAUGAUCCUAUUUCUGUUGUUCGUGACCAUAAAAUAAAAAGUCAGCUAGUAAGUCUUGGAAUUAGUGUUGAAAGUUUCAAUGGGGAUCUCUUGUAUGAACCAUGGGAAGUCUAUGACGAGAGUGGGCAUGCUUUUACCACCUUUGAUGCAUUCUGGGAGAAGUGCAUGAGCACACCAAUUGAGCUGACUUUGCCUCUUCCUCCCUGGAAAUUGGAUCCUCCUCCAGGCUUGGAAAGUGUUCAGAGUUGUUCAAUCGAGGAGCUAGGGCUUGAAAAAGAAACUGAAAAAUUAAGUAACGCUUUAUUAAGUAGGGGCUGGUCUCCUGGCUGGAGCAAUGCAGACAAGGUGUUAAGUGAAUUUAUCAAUGGACAUCUAGUAGAUUAUUCUGAAAACAGAAUGAAGGUAGAAGACACUACUACUUCACUGUUAUCACCGUAUAUUCAUUUUGGUGAACUUAGUGUUAGGAAAAUUUAUCAAAAUGUGAGAAUCAAGCAACUACAGUGGGCAAAAGACGGGGAGUGUAAAAAAGAAGAAAGUAUGAAGUUGUUCUUGCGAUCAAUUGGGCUAAGAGAGUAUUCACGGUAUCUUUGUUUUAAUUUCCCGUUCACACAUGAGCAAUCACUGCUGGCUAAUCUUAAGCAUUAUCCUUGGCGUACUGAUCAAGGCCAGUUUAAGUGUUGGAGGCAGGGAAGGACUGGUUAUCCUUUAGUGGAUGCAGGUAUGAGAGAACUUUGGGCAACUGGCUGGCUACACAACAGAACUAGAGUGAUCGUGGCAAGUUUUCUUGUGAAAAUUUUGCUACUUCCAUGGACUUGGGGAAUGAAAUACUUUUGGGACACGUUACUGGAUGCUGAUCUUGAAAGUGACAUCCUUGGUUGGCAGUAUGUAUCAGGUAGCUUACCUGAUGGGCAUGAGCUCAAACGCAUGGACAGUCCUGAGGUUCAAGGUCAAAAGUAUGAUCCAAAUGGUGAAUAUAUAAGAAAUUGGAUUCCUGAGCUCGCUAGAAUGCCGACUGAAUGGAUUCAUCGUCCAUGGGAUGCUCCCAUGACUGUACUGAAAUCAGCUGGCAUUGAGCUAGGAUCGAAUUAUCCAAGGCCAAUUGUAGACAUUGAUACAGCUAGGGAACAACUCGAUGAUGCUGUUAACAUGAUGUGGGAGGUUGAUAGGGCUGCAAAAGUAGCACAAUUGAGCAGUUCAGAUGAAGUUGUGGCGGACAAUCUGAUCAGUAUGAAUAGCUUUGACAUCCCAAAAGUUAUCGUGAAGAAAGAAGUAUCUUGUAACCAUUCGUCCCUUGACCAAAGGGUACCCUCCUUCCACAACGUGAAGAACAACUCACGAAACAAGGAGGUGAAAGUUCUAGAGGGGGAAGGAUCUUGCCCAUCUGCCUUGUGUUCUCAAAUUGGCGCUGCAAAGACGAAGGAUGUCGAUUUGAUUUCGACAGCGGAAUCCUCAUCUGCUAGGAAAAGAAGCAUCAGUGAAAGUCAUUGUGCCGUUCCAUCCCAUGUCUGUACUCCAACAGGAGAUUCCCUACAAGAACUUGAUUCAGUAGGCCAACAUUUUUCAGACAGAUUCCAUUCUGUUUAUUCAGCAUAUCCAAUUCCGGAUGAAAAAAAGGAAGAGGACUGUGAUGCUGAAAGUUUAUUCCAUGGCUCGAGACCAUCCAAGAGAACUUCAGAGCUUCCAUAGCCAUCGCACCGUUGUACAUUAACAAUCUUAGCUUCGUUUUUCUUUUCUAAUUCUACUUGUUUAAUUACGAGGCAGAAAAUAAUACAUAAAAUCUUAGAAAAUCGAUACAGUUUUGUAUCUAUCACUAGGCUUGAUUGAAAUAAAUGGUCCAAGCUUUGAGCAGUG